AUGUCUGCUUCCUCCAAGAAGACAAAGGAAGCUCAUCGUGUUGUAUGUCGAUGCAAGGCGCGAGAAUGCUACCUCGGGAAUUAUAUCGAUGCUUACGGACAACCUCAAUCCGGAGUUGAAGUGUUACCCUCAACUCGCGAUGCUCACACACGCGCAGAUAUGCGCAAACAAGCUCUUGAAGCAAGCUCGGAGCUUGCCUCAUCUCCGAACACUCAUAUACCAACUCCUGGGGAUCUGGUGACAUCAUUGGAAGAACUCCACCUCCCUUCCGUCAAUAUGCCCUCUCAAAGUCGAAAAUCUGCUAGAGAGCAACCUCUGCCGACUAGUACAACAGAACUACGUACAAGUAUCAGAGGACCCCUCAAGGUUCUUCACAUCUUGCUUCUAGUAGCUCUGAGCGCCACGCUCCACCCAGAAGAGACUCGACAGAAUGUUCUGCCGAAGACGAAACAUUACCUAGACACGAAUCUGACAAUAACACAACAGAUUUUUUAUACCUUCCUAUGA